AUGACUAGUAACACUACUGAACCUUGGUGGAUGCAAUGGAACCCAGACAACGUUACGAUCAGUGACGAUUCUGUGCCGGAUUCAUGGAAAAUAUGCGCUAUAAACGGCGUCUACUUUGGCGGCAAUGAGUACAGUGGGUCAUUGGGAGCUCGUAUCUCUUCAGUUUUCGUUAUUUUCUUCGUGUCCACCUUCUUCACGCUGUUCCCUGUUAUUGCGGCUCGUGUUAAAUCGCUGAAAGUGCCGCAAUACGUGUACCUGAUUGCUCGUUACUUUGGUACCGGUGUCAUUGUGGCUACUGCAUUUAUCCACCUAUUAGAUCCAGCUUAUGGGGAGAUUGGCGGCGACAGCUGUGUCGGGCUGACUGGCAACUGGGCAGACUACUCUUGGUGCCCUGCAAUUGUUCUAGUGACGGUCUUUAGCAUCUUCAUUGUGGACCUGAUCAGCGAUGUGUACGUGCAGCGCAGAUUUGGAGUACAGCAUGACCAUGGCGACAUUAUCCACGAUGCUAUAGUGAGAAACCAGAGGAGGGCUGAUAUUGAAAACGACGGACAUACCCAUGCGGACGACGGAGGCGCCAAUGGGUCGACCGGCUUCGACGAUAAGAGCAGGAAGUCGUACGAUGUAGUAUCCAGCGCUAGUACCGAGUUUGCGACACAGUCGUUUGAAAGUCAGAUCGGUGCGUUCUUCAUUCUAGAAUUUGGCGUUAUUUUCCACUCAGUCAUGAUCGGCUUGAAUUUGGGUACCACUGAUAGCGAAUUUUCCACUCUAUACCCAGUGUUGGUGUUCCACCAAUCGUUCGAGGGUAUGGGUAUAGGAUCCAGGUUGUCCGCUAUUGAAUUUCCAAAGAACAAGAGAUGGUGGCCAUAUGGUCUAUGUAUCGCAUACGGUUUGGCUACUCCAAUCUGUGUCGCUAUCGGUUUAGGAGUCAGAACAACUUAUGAUGGGAACUCUUUCAACGUUAACAUCGUUUCUGGUGUGCUGGAUGCGGUCUCUGCGGGUAUUUUGAUCUACACUGGUUUGGUAGAACUACUAGCGCGCGAUUUUAUCUUUGAUGAAAAUAGAACAAAGGAUCUUCGAAAACUAACAUUUAUGAUCAUUUGCACCCUGUUCGGAGCUGGUAUAAUGGCUCUACUUGGCAAGUGGGCCUAA